UCUUUAAUCUAUCUAUAUAUGGAGCUGUUUCCAGACCUAUCUCUACAACAAAUCAGCCCUCCUCCAAUUACCAUGAAUGAUAACAAGGAAUAUUAUUAUCAUUCAAUAUGGAAUAAAUCUUCAUCUUUAUCAAUUAAUUCCAUAGCCUCCUCCUCCACCUCUUUAGAAACUCCAAGUACUCCACAAUUACGACCCAUUUUGAUCCACAACCAAAAACACCUCAAACCUCCUACUGAAUAUCAUAUCGAUAUCGGGCUUAUGAAGAUGAUGAUGAUGCCCCCCCAAGAUUCUUAUUCUUCAUCAUCAUCAUCUUCUUCUUCUCCUCCAGAAUAUAACUGCCUACAGUUUUCUCACCAUGAGCGGCGGCGGCCUAUGACGGCGGCAGCGGCGGCGAGGUUUCCAACUAAACGAACAAGAGCGCCAAGGAUGAGAUGGACUACCUCUCUUCAUGCUCGUUUUCUUCAUGCCCUUCAUCUCCUUGGCGGCCAUCACCGAGCAACUCCAAAGUCAGUUCUUGAACUUAUGGAAGUAAAAGAUCUCACCUUGGCGCAUGUUAAGUCUCAUUUGCAGAUGUAUCGAACAGUGAAGACAUCUGAUCGAUCUACCAUGGUUUCAUCGGGAGGAUUCGAAAACAAUAGGUGGAUGUCUGGAGAAACAUCAGAAGAUAUGACGACGAGGACGACGACAAUGGUGAUGUUUGAUGACAGUCAAACAAUUAUUAGGUCUGAUAGUCCGCCAUUGUUGUGGAGCAAUACUUCUUCAAGCAGCAACAAUGGACAUGGAAAUUGGGUGCAUGGGAAAACAAUAAUGGAUAAUAAUAAUUCAAGAAGAAACAUGAUAUCAUCAUCAUCAUCAUCUCUUGAUCAUCAUCAUCAUGAGGAAAAGUACUGUUUGAGCUCAGGAAAAGUGAAUUGUUCAAGCAAACCCAAUUUGGACUUCACAUUGGGAACACCGCUUCAUUGAAGAAAUGGGUAUCAUCUCUUUUAAUGGCCAUAAAAGUGAGAAUAAAUCAACUUCCCAUCCUCUUUUUUAUUUUUUGAAAAAAUGAGACAAAAAAGGAAAGCUAAAGAAAGACAAGGAAACAAAGGACAAUGGGGGCGAGAAAAGCAUAGUCCUUUCCUUAUCUUUAUAUAUCAAGAUCCAUAUAUAUAUAUAAAAUAUAUAAUAUAUUUAUCAAAUCGAAUAUAAUCAUCCAUUUUGUAU